GAUCCUUGCUGUUCAGGGAGACUGUAUAUCAUUUUAGAUUGGAUCAGGAACCUGUGCGUGAGAGCGCGCGCUUGCGCUGUAGGACGCGAUUGCGUCAUUCGGAACGCGACGGCUCGCGUUUGUUUUCUAAAGUGAGACCCGGAAGUGGACUGGGCUGCCCCGGUGAGUCACAGGAGACGGACGGACUUUGGCUGCUUAUGCGCUCAGGUGGAGGGAAAGAUGACUCACAGCGUCCAUCUGCCACCUUUAACGCCUCACAGGAUCUCUAACUAACUCCGAAAUCUUUACCGAGUAAUCGGAAUAAUCAGAAUAAAGAGAGAGAGAGAGAGAGAGAGAGAAUGCAGCAGCAGCAGCAGCUCAGUGUCCCAUCAGCUGUCCUGCUCCUGCUCCUGCUCCUGCUCUGUGGCCCAGCUGUGUCCAGUGCAGGACUGGGGGAGUCUGAACCCGAGACCCCGGACUGGAGGAAGACUUUAAAAACCAUCCGCAAUGGAAUCCACAAGAUAGACACAUAUCUGAACUAUGCUCUGGAUUUAAUCGGAGGAUCUGAUGGACUGUGUCAGUUCAAAUGCUCUGAUGGAUACAAACCCAUUCCCAGACCUCAUUACAAACACUCUCCGCCCAACGGAUGCGGCUCUCCGCUGUUCGGAUUUCACUUUGAUAUCGGGAUUCCCUCUAUGACGAGAUGCUGUAAUCAGCACGACCGCUGCUAUGAUACGUGUGGACGAGAGAAACACGACUGUGAUGAUCAGUUCCAAGUUUGCUUGGAGACCAUCUGUAGGAAUGUACAGACCACACUGGGACUGGACCAGAGCGUACAAGCGUGUGAAUCGGCGGUGACUCUGCUCUUCGAUGCCGUCAUGCACCUGGGCUGUAAACCCUACCUGGACAGCCAGAGAGCUGCGUGUAUCUGCCGCUACGAGGAGAAAACUGACCUGUGAUCAGCUGCGUUCAGGCUCCGAGAAAUCCUGACGCCUUUGAGGAACAUCUAAAGAGUCAAAACUCCGCCCUCGAAGUCUGCAGCACUGCGCAGUUUAAUGUUUUCCCUCGUUUUAAAGGUGCCAUGUGUGAUGUUUAAAAGUGUUUCUAAACCUGUAAUAAUCAAAUAAUAUGAAAGAUACUUCAGAGAAACUAUGGUUCAUAAUAUUGCUAUGCAGUGCAUCCUGCUAGCUUUCAAGUUUAUGUUUUUUCGGCCCUGAAAUUAGCUCCAUCCCCAAUCAAAAUCAGAGCUGCUCAGCUGUGGCUUUUUUCUUUAAAUGGUGCCUGAUGAAGCUUACGUGCUUUCACCAGUUUUUGUCUGAAGAGACAGAAGAGAAAAGUUUGUCAGUUUUUUUAAUCAUUGCAGUUGCAGUUCACUUUACAGACAGCAGAGGGUGCCAAAACUUACUGCGCCUUUAAUUCUCCUGAUUCACUUCAUUAUCAAGUCAUGUACAGCAUGAAUCGGAUGUUUUGGAGGAAACAGUAGUCUGUUCCAGUUUAGGUCUCGGAGUAAAUGAGGCUUCAUCCCAAACACUGAGGCUCUUCACUAAUCAGUGCUCUAACUGAAAGCCUCAGCCACUGGACGAGAUUUAUUUUUUAUUCUUUUCUGGAAACCCGACAUCAUCCCAAACCAGACAAGCUUUUAAAGUCUCCUGACUGUGACUGUUUUUUUUUUUAAUCAGGCCUUAAUGUGUCUCAGGGAUGAGAAAAGUUCACUAUGCACGUGUUUUGUGUUUGUUCUGUGCUUUAUGGAGUUGAUAUGAUAUCAGAAAUCAGACACAGUGACAAACUCAGAAUCUUGUAAAUCUGUAACUUUAAAUCUGUAACAAUUUUUUAUUUCCUCUUCUAACGGGACAGUUUUUUCUUUACUCACAAUUUGUUUGUACUUUACAUCUGUUGGAGUCUUAGCCCCGCCCCCUUUCUCUCUAAUGCUGGGCUCUUAGCCCCGCCCCAUCUUCACUCUAAUUGUGGGCUCUUAGCCCCGCCCCUUUUCUCUCCAAUGCUGUGCCCAACAUGAGAGAGAAGAGGGGGCGGGGCUAAGUGCCCAGCAUUAGAGAGAAGAGGGGGCGUGGCUAAGAGCCCAACAACUAAGUGCCCACAACUAAGUGCCCUAGCCCCGGCCCAAUCUUCUCUCUGAUGCUGGGCUCUUAGUCCCGCCCCUUUUUCUCUCUAAUGCUGGGCACUUAGCCCCGCCCCUUUUCUCUCUAAUGCUGGGCACUUAGCCCCGCCCCUUUUCUCUCUAAUGCUGGGCACUUAGCCCCGCCCCUUUUCUCUCUAAUGCUGGGCUCUUAGUCCCGCCCCUUUUCUCUCUAAUGCUGGGCUCUUAGUCCCGCCCCCCUCUAAAAUUUUACAAAAUUUCUGUAAAACCCUGGAGUGGUGUAAUAUGAAGGCUGUGAGCAUGUGAAUUGUAAGUUUUAAUCGCACAGUAAACAGUGUAAAAACCUGAAUUGUUGGUUAUUUGAAUUUGCAUUUACAUUUAAAUUCCUUUUGCCUGUAAAUAAGUGCACAGUGCGUAUGAGUGUUAGUGAACGGUUACUGUAAGCAGCACUGCUGGGGAAAGUGAUGAUGAUAGAAGAGCUCUGAACACACAGAGGAACUCGGGAACACACAUUAUUUCCCAGAAUUCCUGCUGGUGCUCCUGAGUAGCGCUGUGGCUACACACACUGUUCGUUUUAAUAUGAAUUCUCACUGCAGCAGUCUGUAGAGUGACAGAAAUGUUCGAGUCCUGUCUUUUCCUUUACGGAAACAGACCAUCAGGUUUUAUAUGGAAUGGUGUACAAUGGAAAAGUCUUUGAGUUAAGAUCACUGCCUGGUUGAUUUGAGAGCUGAGCUGCACUUUAUUUAUUAAUUAAUAAUGAUGUAGAGGAUUUUCCAUCAUGCAGUCGUGGUGUAUGAGGAAUUAUUUUUACCUCAAAUAAAAUCAUUUAAAUCCUA